AUGGAGACUUCACGGAUCUUUAUCAAGGGGCUUCCGCCCACAAUUACGAAUGAUGAGCUGCAAAAGCAUUUCUCCCAGAAAGCUCCUGUCACAGAUGUCAAGUGCAUACCACAGCGAAGAAUAGGAUAUGUCGGCUACAAGAGCGCUGAAGAAGCGGCGAGGGCAGUCAAAUACUUUAAUCGAACCUUUAUCCGCAUGUCUCGAAUCUCCGUCGAGCCUGCGAAGCCAGUCGCAGAUCCAUCUCUGUCCAGAGGCAGAGACGAAGAAGUGACUACAACUCCCAGAGCUUCGACCAACGCCCCACCGACAUCUGAAGCGAACCCUGAAACUGCAAAGAAGCGGAAGCGAGACGAUAUUGACGAAUCGGACCCGAAAUUGCAAGAAUUUCUUGAUGUCAUGAAUCCUUCGAAGGGCGCGACAAACAAGAUACACGAGUUCCAGGGUGAAGACGUCACUGAACCACCUACGAAGUAUGCCGCAGUCGCUGCCGACGAUGGCGAGUCCGAUGAUGACUAUCAACCCCUGCCCAAGAAAGUUCCACAACGAGAGACCAGACAUCCAGCCAGCCCUCCGCCACCCGUGGCAGCUCGUCAUCUUUCACCAACUAGUAUGGAUGUCGGGCAGGAUGGUACCGAAAGACAGAUACCACAGGCUGCAGAUGGCAUUGCCGAGCCGGCGAAGACGGAUGACGACUGGUUGCGUCAGCGGACGAACAGACUGCUCGAUUUGGUUGACGACGAUGAUGUGCCCAAUGUCACACCGACGAGGCAGUCGCCAGCCAAGUCGCCAGCCCCCGCGGAAAUGCAGCUGGAUGCCCCUCAGACCAAACCCGACGAGGUCUGCCAGACAUCACCUCCGAAUGAUAACAAGCCGGCGACGAAGGACGAUGUUCUCGACACCAUACGUAAGAGCUCGAGAUUGUUCGUACGGAAUCUCCCAUACUCUGCAACGGAAGAUGAUCUGCGAAAGGUUUUCCGAGAGUAUGGAAGCCUUGAAGAGGUCCACAUCCCGUCAGCUGCGACCAAACCAAAUCGCGGCAUGGGUUUUGUUUUGUUCACAGACCCCGAAGAUGCGGUUAAAGCAUACCAGUCGGAUCGGACGACAUUUCAAGGCAGAAUAUUGCAUGUGCUACCUGGUACAGCGAAACGCGAGCUGGAUGAAUUUGCUUUGUCCCGUUUGCCACUCAAGAAACAACAGCUCAUCAAGAAGAAAAACAAGGCAGCAGUUGACAGGUUCAAUUGGAAUUCAUUGUACAUGAGCGCGGAUGCUGUCAACUCUUCAGUCGCUUCUAAAUUGGGGAUAUCGAAGAGUGAACUGCUGGAUCCUACGAGUGCCGAUGCGGCCGUGAAGCAAGCCAUCGCAGAAACCUCAACGAUACAGGACAGCAAAUCCUACUUCGCCGCUAAUGGUGUGAACCUCGAUGCCUUUGCUUCAAAGUCGGCUCAAAGACGGGACGAUGUCAUACUAGUGAAGAACUUCUCGUAUGGCACCACUACUCAAGAGAUUCGAAGCCUCUUCGAAGAGCAUGGCCAAGUGCUGAGGGUUCUCAUGCCUCCAGCGGGAACCAUAGCCAUUGUUCAGUUUGCAGAAACUUCUGCGGCAAAGGCUGCAUUCAUGAAGCUUGCGUACCGUCGAUUGAAGGACUCGAUCAUUUUUCUCGAAAAGGCACCGAGGGAUUUGUUCAGUAUCCAAGAGCAAGUCCAGCUGAGCAGGAGUGAGGAAUCUGCCGGUCUUCAAAAGCCGUCUGUAGCAGAAAUGCUGGCAAGAGAUGACGGCAAUAUGAUUGAGACGAGCUCUCUGUUUGUCAAGAAUCUGGCAUGGGAGACGAACACGAAAGAGCUUGCUGCAACGUUCGAACAUCUUGAAGGUUUCCGGAGUGCGAUCGUGAAGACCAAAAAGGAUGCACAAAAGGGCCUUCUUUCCAUGGGAUUCGGAUUUGUCGAGUUCCGGGACAAAGGAAGUGCAGAAGCAGCCGCCAAGGUCAUGGAUGGCCACGUACUAAGGGCGCACAAACUUCAAGUCAGAGCAGCCCACCGAGGACAGGAAGCAGCCGAGGAACGCAAGAAAGAAGACAGGGCGAACAAGGCGGCAGGGACCCGUCUGUUGAUCAAGAAUGUCCCCUUCCAGGUGACUUCUAAAAAGGAUAUCCGGACGCUGCUGGGUACAUACGGAACACUCAAAGCCGUCAGGCUGCCGAAGAACUACGCUGGCAAGAGCAAAGGGUAUUGCUUUGCGGACUUCGUGUCGCCGAAAGACGCGCAGUCUGCUCUCGAUGCGCUCAAGGACACUCAUUUGCUGGGCCGCCGCCUUGUGAUAGAAUAUGCUGAUACUGAUGCAGUUGAUGCAGAAGAAGAGAUCGCCAAAAUGCAGAAGAAGGUCGGCGGGCAAGCUAACAAGGUAGCCCUGCAGAAACUCCUGGGGCAGGGCAGCCGCAAGAAGGUAACGCUUGGGGCCGAGGAUGAGGAGGGAGAUCAAUAA